AUGAAGUUGUCAAGUUUGUUAUAUAUUUUAGGAGCAGGAGUUUGGUUAUCCAAAGCGCAAGAUAUAAUUAACGAUCUAGGUGGCGAUAUAUUUGAAGAUCCCAAACCAACUCCCAACGUUGCUCAAUUUCAAAUUGAAUAUGUUAUAGCAGAAAAGCCAGGAUUUGAUUAUAACACAGUAACAGAGUUUGAGAAAAACGAGAAUGCAACAUUAAAGUUUACGUUCACUAAUAAUGAGGAAGUUAACGUUACAGUUAUUGGCAUUGGUGGUGCCAUAAUCGACGCUAACAGUCAACAAGCUGUAGCUAACAUAACUGAAGUUAAUAUUGGUCAAUUACAUGUUGAAGUUAACGGUACAAUUAGAUUCAAUCAAAUUCUAAAUCUAGCUCUUGCAGAAGGUGAUUACUAUCUGCUGCCAAAUAUUUUUGUCGUGAAGGAGGAUGAAUUGAUGAGAGUAGCAACAGGGCCAAGCGUGAUUAAAAUCAAUCCACCACCAAUGUCAUUCUUUAACCCUAAAUUUCUAGCUGUCCAACUAGCAAUUUGGUCGGUUAUUGGUGUGAGUUCGUAUUAUGCCUUACUCUCGAGACCAAAACGUACUAAAGUCUCGAAGAAAAAUGUUCCUAUACGUAAAAUCGAUGAAUCUUGGUUGCCUGACGUUCAUAAAAAUUAA